AUGUCUCCCCGGCCAAAUUUAUGGCCCGCUGUGAAGGCAGUUUCUCUUGAUGUCUCUGCUCUCCUGGCUCCCAGGCUUCCGGUCCCCGCAGUCUAUGCCGCAGCGGCCCAGUGGGCCAAGCUCGAGAGCCCUCCUACGCAGGAGGAGCUGUGCCCCGCGUUUCAGAAGGCGCGGCAGGACGCCCAGGAGAGAUUUCCAUGUUUCGGACAUGGCGAGGGGUGGUCCGCCCGUGAGUGGUGGGCCUGGACUGCCAGGAGAACCUUGGCAAACUGUGGCCGCGACUACACCGAAGCCGAGUUCAAUCGCUUCUUUCGACGAGUCUACCAGCAUUACGGAUCGCAGGGUGCCUUCGAGGAGCUUGCGGACGCUAAGCCUUUCCUUGAAUGGACUCGUCAGCAGGGCUUGACGGUCGGGGUGACCACAAAUGAGGACGCGCGGGUCCUCGAUACCACACUGCCCAUGUUGGGCUUCCACGACUUCAUGAGGUGGUUCAUCACCUCGCAAGAGGUUGGCUAUCAGAAGCCAAAUCAGUGGAUCUAUGUAGAGGUGUGGAGGGAGGCCAGCCUGUGGGUCCCCGGCUUGCGCAGAGAGGAGAUUCUCCACGUGGGAAGCAGCUACGAGGAAGAUUUCUGCGGGGCCAGAGAUGCUGGUCUGCAGGCCCUGCUGCUGGACCGGGGCGCGGAGAACGCUGCGGUAGACUCCGAGGAGGCCCUGCUGCUGGACCGUGGUGCGAAGAAUGCGGUGGUAGACCCCGAGAAGGCCGCCGACAGUCCUUCUCAAAGCGCCGCUGACCCGGAGAAGACCGGGGAGGAUGUGGAGGUGUGGACGCUUCGUGAUCUAGGUGAAGUGCAGCUUGUUCUCGAACAGGGGAUCAUUCAGCAGCUCCGUUAG